AUGACUAUUGAUUGGUUUUGGUUCCUAGAUGUUAUCGCUGUCACUUAUGCGAUUAGCAAGGAAGAUUGCAAAUUUGAAGCACGUAUUGUGAACUCAACGACGAAGUCAAAGUUUCCAGUCGAACCGACUCUGUGCUGGUCGGUUACUGGUUCUAUUCGAUUGGAUGAAACCACCGAUGUUACUCAUGAAGAAUUGACUGAUAUUUUCAAAUAUCUAGGAGUAUUAACGGGCAAGCUGGAAAUCGUCAACACUGCUUUCCAAAAUCUGAGCUUUUUUGGACCAUUGUUCAAAGUAAUGGGGGAAUUUGUUGGAGCUGAAUCCAUUGUAAUAAUUAAAAACUCGAAGUUGGAAACAAUGGCUGGCGGAGUUCUCGUGACGUCCACAGAUGGCAUAAUUCGCAUAGAAGACAAUCCGUUGCUAGAUGUUAACUGUACACACGUCCUGGAAAUGUAUGCUACAGCGAGGAGGAUAAGACGAAAUCGAGUAAACUGCGGAUGUGAACUCACUGGUCCUAUAACCACUACAAACAUCAACUCUAUACAGGACAAUUGUGACUAUAUAUUUGGAAAAUUUGAAAUAAAUGGUGGAAAAAGUGCUCCUAGUGCAGAUCUUCUAGCUACGAAAUUUGGAAAAGCAACAAAUAUCACAGGAGAGUUAGCAGUACUGAACACAGAGUUUACUGAUUUGAGUUUUUUGUCCGGUUUGAUGAACAUAACAUCAAUAUAUGACCUCUACGCUGAAGAAUUUGUCGAGCAAUUCAUACGUAUUGAAAACAACUCAAGGCUGGAAACUCUAGGAUGGACAAAGUUCCAGGGUGUUUCUAUGACUACUGUACAAAUUUCUUCGAAUCCGAAGUUGUGUUACACGGUGGCUGAACUUGACGGUUUUUUGCAUUCCGAAUUCGUCAGUGCUGUAGAAGGAGAAAUUUGCAAAGUGGACUACAACGAAACGAGCGUCUGCCGGCUGACAAAUAAAUCAACUUCCUUCAAUUUGCCCUCAAACUGCAGAGUUAUUAUCGGACAACUAAAACUCGACAAUACCACGAAAAUCACUGAUUUGUGGAAACUAUACAACGUAACAUCCAUAUAUGGAAGCUUAGAAGUAGUGAAUACAUCACUCAUUAGUUUUUCGCCAUUGUGGAAAUUGCAGCGGUUAUGUAAUCCCUCAGUGAAUGGCACAACGCUGGUCGUGAGGUCGAAUCUAAAUUUAAGAUCCAUAUAUCUGCACAAUCUAAACCAUACACUUAGCAAUUCACCUAUCCAUAUUAGAAAUAAUCCUACUCUUUCGCUUUCUUCCGAUGAUUGUGAACGUAUAAAUAGAUCAGCAGAGGUCCUUACAACUGGAAAUAAACAAAAUUGCCGAGGCUUUAUUAAACUAUCAAAUUAUUGCUCUUAUUUGAUCGUUUUGGUGGAGAUAUUUCUGGAGUUCUUCGGAAUGGGUAUUGAUCCCACCAUAGCUCAAAUUGUGGCUUUACUAGCACUUUUUGCGCAUCUAGUUUAUGCAGAGAAUGGACAGUCGUGUACAUUUGGCGACUAUAUCAUCAAUUCUUCGACAAUUUCCAAGUUUCCCAUUGGAAAAGAUUAUUGUUAUAGAGUGGAUGGUCCAAUCCGAAUAGAUGAAACCUCGAAUGUAACGCAUGAGGAGUUGUUUGAGGUACUAAGUGGUUUGGAGAUAAUAGCCGGUUCACUUGAAAUAGUGAACACGGGUUUCAAAAACCUUAGUUUCUUCGGUUCUCUGUUUGGAAUCCUCUCUGCACGAGAACUCUAUAGUUUUGAAGAAGAUGUGUGGAAAAGCCUCAUGUUAUCGUGUUUUGUUAUAGUGUGCCUGCGAGGCUUUUAG